AUGGCCCAAGCUGAGGACAAUCAGUAUGAGGAGCAGUUCAGAUGUUCAAUCUGUCUGGAUCUGCUGAAGGUGCCAGUGACUAUUCCCUGUGGACACACUUACUGUAUGGACUGUAUUAAGGGAACCUGGGAUCAGGAUGGUCACAUUGGUGUUUACAGCUGCCCUCAGUGCAGACACACCUUCACAUCAAGACCUGUUCUGGGCAGAAAUACCAUGCUAGCUGAAGUCAUGGAGAAGCUGAAGAAGGCAGAAGUCCAAGCUGCUCCACCUGGUCCUCCUGCUCAUUCCAGCUCUGGACCUGGAGAUGUGGAGUGUGAUGUGUGUACUGGGAGAAAGAAGAAAGCUGUCAAGUCCUGUCUGGUGUGUCUCGCCUCGUACUGUGAGACUCACCUCCAGCUUCAUGAGAAACUUAACAGAAGACAGAAACAUGAACUUAUUGUUGCAAAAAAACUGCAGGAAAACGUCUGUUCCCGUCAUGACAAACCACUGGAGAUCUUCUGUCAUACUGAUCACAGAUUCAUAUGCUCUCUGUGUACGGUAGACGAACACAGAGACCACGAUACGGUAACAGCUGCUGUCAAGAGGACAAGAAAACAGAAGCAGGUGGAAGUCGUACACAAGGAGAUAAAACAGCUCAUCCAGCAGAGAGAAGAGGAGAUGGAGGAGCUGAGACAGGCCGUGGACUCUCUCACACGCUCUGCACAGGCAGCGCUGGAGGACACCGAGAGCAUCUUCGGCGAGAUGAUCCGCUCCAUCGAGAGAAGACGCUCGGAGGUGAGAGACCUGAUCAGAGCUCAGGAGAAGGCUGCCAUACGUCGGGCUGAAGAACUCUUGGAAAGACUUACACAAGAUAUUGGGAAGCUAAGAAGAACAGGCAGUCAACUGGAAGAGCUUUUGAACACAAAGGAUCACAUCUGUUUCCUCAAGGGAUACCAGUAUGUAUACUUUCCUCCCGGACCUGAGGAUUUGCCCAGCAUCACUCUGAGCCCCCACUUCUCCUUUGGGGAUGCUAUGAAAUUUGUCUCCGAAUUGAAAAAGCAACUGGAGGACAUUUCUGAAGAGAAACUGGGUCAGACCGCUGUAAAAGCGAAUGAGGGGACUGUCCUGCGGGUUCCAGAGCCCGGGUCCAGAGCCGACUUUCAGCAGUAUGCCUGCGAACUCACGCUGGACCCCAACACCGUGUACAAAGACAUCUUUCUGUUUGAGGGGAACAGGAAGGUGGAAUGGGCACUGAGAGCCCAGUCACACCCUGAACACCCAGAGAGAUUUGACUACUGGGGUCAAGUACUGUGUUUGGAGGGUCUGUCUGGGCGCUGGUACUGGGAGGUUGAGUGGGGGGGGAAGGACGGAGUUCAUGUAGCAGUGGCUUAUAAAACGAUGAACAGGAAAGGAAGAGGGAAAGACAGUCGCCUUGGAUAUAAUGACAAGUCCUGGAGUUUGUGCUGUUCCCCCUCCAGUUACAGUUUCUACCACAAUAAUAGGAGAACCGCAGUGUUUGGUCCUCACUCCUCCACCAUAGGAGUGUACCUGGACCACAGGGCAGGAACUCUGUGCUUCUACAGCAUCUCUGAGGACACCAUGACCCUCCUCCACAGGGUCCAGACCACCUUCACUGAGCCCCUCUAUCCUGCGUUUAGGUUAGUGUGGAAUGUGCUUGGGCCAAACACUAAGGUAUGUCUAUGCCCCAUUGAAAAUUAA